AAUUUGCAUGUGCUGACCUAACGGUGGCCGGGGCUGACGUCUCCUCCUUCAGCCUGACGUCGUCCCCAGUGGUCGUGCGUGCCGUGCCGGGCCUCUCUGCAGAUGGAGGUGGCGCGGGGGGGAGGUUGUUUGGGGAUGGUUUGCCGGGAUAUCGCGUCACCUCCUCGGUGUCUUGCUAGCAUACUGUCACCUGCUCGCAUUCAGCACGAGCUGUUUGCACGGACAUGAAAAGUAAGAUUUCGGGUCGCGGUAGCCGCUCCUGUUUGUGAGCCCUUUGUAAAGCACGUCGCUGCGGGCCAGGAGAUGUUUCGUGAGCUUUGGUGGGUAAACAGAAGGCCUUUACCUUUGCAGGGUUGACAGCUUCUGUUUAGGGGCUUGUUGUCUUCGCGGUAAUGACAGACUACAGCUGCUGCUGCAUCUGCUUUUGAGCUAUCAGCCAGAGACGAGACGUCCACCAGAAGAAGAUAGUUGGUAACUAUGGCUGAACAAGACGUUUGCCCCCACCUCGAUUCAAUAGGCGAGGUGACAAAGGAGGACCUUCUGCAGAAGUCUAAGGGAACUUGUCAGUCAUGUGGAGCUGGUGGUCCAAACCUGUGGGCCUGUCUGCAGAAUGACUGCCCGUAUGUCGGGUGCGGAGAGUCCUACUCUGAUCACAGCACACUGCAUGCACAGGCUAAGAAGCACAACCUUACCGUGAAUCUGACAACGUUCAGGAUCUGGUGUUAUGUGUGUGAGCGAGAGGUGUUUCUGGAGCACAGGCCGGCCCUGGUGCCCGUAGCUGCUGCAGCACACCUCUGUAAAGCUACAGAGCAGGAAACCUCUCCCCAGACAGUUGGUCACCCACUCAAAGCGGUACCGAUUGCUGUGGCCGAAGAAGAAGGCUCAGAGUCAGAAGAGGAUGAGCUUAAACCCAGAGGGUUGACAGGAAUGAAAAACAUCGGAAAUUCCUGCUACAUGAACGCAGCUCUUCAAGCCCUGUCCAACUGCCCUCCUCUCACUCAGUUUUUUCUGGACUGCGGUGGAUUGGUAAGGACUGACAAGAAGCCUGCUUUGUGUAAGAGCUACCAGAAACUCAUCUCAGAACUCUGGCAUAAAAAACGGCCCAGCUAUGUUGUCCCUACCAGCCUGUCCCACGGCAUCAAACUGGUGAACCCCAUGUUUCGUGGUUACGCUCAGCAGGACACUCAGGAGUUCUUGCGCUGUCUGAUGGACCAGCUACACGAAGAGCUGAAGGAGCCUCUGUCGGAGUGUAACGUGGGCUACGACGGGAGCGACGGGGAGGACAGAAGAGACGGAGACCGCUCCCCCUCUGAGGAUGAGUUCCUCUCCUGUGACUCUGGCUCCAGUAGUGACCGAGGGGAGGGAGGAGGGGUGGGUGACAGCGAGCUGCUCAUCCAGGAUGAGUGUGAUGGGAUACGGUCACCGGCAGGUGGAAUGGGGGACGUCAGUAGUGGUGCAGUGAUCUCUGAGAAGGAGAGGCUUAAAGAAAGGAGGUUACCCGGCUCCCCGCUCCGUGGAGGCUCACAAGAGAUGGAUGAAGAUGCUGAUGUGGACACAGCAGUUGAGGAAGGGUCUCCAGAAAGGAGGGCGGAGGAUGAAGAGGAGCCUGCAGCCCCAAACACAGAGGUCCAAAGUCAGGAAAACCAUCAGACGUCUAACACAGGGCAAAGUCAAGUCCCGAGCAACAACAGCUCAGAGCCAGACAAUGAAGCAUCGAUGACCCAGCCCCAGUCCACUCCCUGCAGUCCUGUGCGCACCCUUCAAGAGCUGCAUCCCAAACUGUCCUCCAGUCCCCCCCGGUCCAGCCCUCUCCGCUCUUCAGGACCUGCAUACUCCUUCAAAAAAGCUCAGCUGCUGCUCAGUGCCAGGAAGAAAAAACAGUCUCACUAUCGCAGUGUGAUCUCGGACAUCUUUGAUGGUUCGAUCCUCAGUCUAGUCCAGUGUUUGACCUGUGACAGGGUCUCAACUACAGUGGAAACCUUCCAGGACUUAUCCCUCCCUAUUCCUGGUAAAGAAGACCUAGCAAAGCUCCAUUCAUCCAUCCAUCAGAACCUGCCGGUGAAGACUGGUGUGUGCCCUGACACUUACGGCUCGCAGGGGUGGAUCUCCUACAUCAUGGACUCCAUACGGCGGUUUGUAGUCUCAUGUAUCCCCAGUUGGUUUUGGGGGCCCAUGGUAACACUAGAGGACUGCCUUGCUGCUUUUUUUGCUGCAGAUGAACUCAAAGGGGAUAACAUGUACAGCUGUGAGAGAUGUAAAAAGUUGAGAAAUGGUGUCAAAUACUGCAAAGUGCUUAGACUUCCAGAGAUUCUGUGCAUUCACCUGAAACGUUUUCGGCACGAGGUCAUGUAUUCGUUCAAGAUAAGCAGCCACGUGUCCUUCCCGCUCGAGGGCCUCGACAUGCGACCUUUCCUGGCUAAAGACAGUCCAUCGCAAGUUACCACUUACGACUUGCUGUCAGUCAUUUGCCACCAUGGCACUGCAGGAAGUGGGCACUACAUAGCUUACUGUCAGAAUGUAAUCAACGGCCAGUGGUAUGAGUUUGAUGACCAGUAUGUUACCGAAGUCCAUGAGACGGUGGUGCAGAACGCAGAGGCUUAUGUGUUGUUCUAUAGGAAAAGUAGCGAGGAGGCUGUGAGAGAGAGGCAGAAGGUGGUGGCUCUGGCCAAUAUGAAGGAGCCCAGCCUGCUGCAGUUUUACAUCUCCAGAGAAUGGCUCAACAAGUUCAACACCUUCGCUGAGCCAGGCCCCAUCAGCAACCACACGUUUCUUUGUCAACACGGCGGGAUCCCUCCUAAUAAAUACCACUACAUAGAUGAUCUGGUUGUGAUUGUUCCCCAGAACGUGUGGGAAUACCUUUACAACAGCUUCGGAGGUGGCCCAGCAGUCAACCACCUCUACAUGUGUGCAAUCUGUCAGGUGGAGAUUGAAGCUCUAGCUAAACGCAGAAAAACAGAAAUUGACACCUUCAUCAAGCUGAACAAAGAGUUUCAAGCUGAGGAGGCUCCAACAGUGAUCCUGUGUAUCAGCAUGCAGUGGUUCAGAGAGUGGGAGAGCUUUGUGAAGGGCAAAGACAAUGAGCCACCCGGUCCCAUCGACAACAGUAAAAUCGGUGUUAUGAAAGGAGGACAUAUACAGCUAAAGCAAGGUGCAGACUAUGGUCAGAUCUCAGAGGAGACUUGGCAGUACUUGUUGGGAAUUUAUGGCGGAGGCCCUGAGAUUGCAGUGAGACAGACGGUGGCCCCGGCUGACCCCGACACCCUUCACGGAGAGAGGAAGAUUGAGGCAGAGACGAGAGCACUUUGAGAUAAAGAGAGGUCGUCUGAGCCCUUUUUCCACUCUUGUCCUCACAGGAAGCUGAGGAAUUUGCACCACGGUGAAGAAGCCCCGUCUUGAGCACUUUGUAAAUGUAGCAGCAUGUUAUUCUGAAGCCAUGUUGCAGCAAGAGAAAACGCUACCUAAAAACAACACGGUUUAUUUGUUGGAUAACUUUGAUCCUUAAUGUUGAGGUGUACAAAUAAGAUGUUGUCACAUCCCUGGAGCUGUUUUUGGUAGCUGUGGUGUCUCAGUGGCCGCUGUAGUGACAUGGUGUUGUAUAAUGCUAAACGGGCAGAUGGCUGCAAGUAUUACAAGACGAAAUGCUGCGGAGAAUAGAAUUACAGUGUGUUGCUUUUGAGGACUUCUCUUCUUCCCUGGAAGCAAACCCAGAGACAUUAACAGUGCUUUUUGUUAUUUAGUUACAUAUCAGCAGGUACGGCCAUGACGAGAGGGAUGUCAGAUAAAUCACAGUCGGACACUUUGAUCUUUAAAGGGGACAUAUUAUGCAUAUCUACUUUGUUUUUCCACAAAAGAUGGCAAAAGAGCAUCCCUAGAGAUAUUGCAUGUAGUUACAUACAGGCCCCACUGGUGAAUAGAUGCACCUGAAUACAACAGACCUGCCCUGGUGUACAUUUCUGUGUUUUCAUGUCACCUUUACUGCUUUAGUCCAAGCUCAGCUCGGUCCUUUACGUCUCUUUGCAUCUCUCCUCAUCGCACCCUGUACUGCAUUUCAGCACGUUUAAAAUCCCACUACAGCUGACCUCAUUUACAUAAUCUUCAGUUUUUGUUUACAGACAAUGAAAUGAGUGUGAAAUAUGAAGACACAAACUACAACCUGGCUUGUAACCUGUCGCCAGUUAUGAGCCAGUUUUUAAAGCUGCAUUGCUAAAGUUUCAGUUUUUGAAUUGAUCCAUGGUUCAUAAUCAUGAGCUCAAAUCAGUGGUUGUUUGUGAUUGCUUUGUGUUGCAUGUAAAAUGAUCACACUGAGAAUGAUAGAAACAUCAGAGUCUCUCAUUCACGUCUAUGUGGCACACUGUGCUGUACUGCUCUCACUGGGUGGUGCUUUCGGCUGCUCCCGUGUGUGUCUUACAGACCACUUCCUGAAAAGGAGAUUGGGCACCAGCAGCACUUUUAAUUUAAAGCUACAGGCACUGAAAGAGUCUGUUGAAAACUGGGGGUAUAAGCUGAACCUUAAACAUUUCGGGGACAUGUAAAGCCUGCAUCAACAUGUUAAAGUGGUAUAUAAUAUGUCCUCUUUAAAAGCACUCAGGACUGUGGGUCUUUUUAGGUUUGAAUUUGUUUAAAAGGAUUUACAGACUACAAAACUGCAUGUGUGGGUUCCAAAAGACUUUGGGUAUAAAUGCAUGAAAAAAAGUUGGGUUUUUUUGUUCUUCUUUGCUCAAGUGAGGACAUUUCACUGACAGGUUGAGUUAUUUUAUUUUUUUUUAUACCCCAAACAGACAACCCGUUAUCUUUUUGUGUGCUCAAAAUGAUCGAAGUGUUGACUCGCUUCUGUUUAGUUUACGCAAGCAGCGAUCAAUACUUAGGAGUUUAUGAAUAUUAACAGAUGGAAAUUUGGAAAUGGGAAUUUUCAUGGGGCAUAGACAGAAAGUUGAGCGUGAGAGAGGAUUAAUGAAGAGAAUCUUGUGCAACAAAACAUCAGAGCUGGUUUUUAUGAAGAGAAGAGACAGAAGCUUUUGAUUUCUAAGUGUAAAUUAACUUUGAGAUGCCUGUUAUUACAAUAGACCAUUAUGCAGUAUUUGUUUAAAGGGCAGUAUUAAGUACAAAGUGCUUUUUCCCACCAUCUUCUAAAAAUUUAGCAGAAAUAACACAACAGCUUCACAAACAGAUAUCACAUAUGCAAAAAAAAGAAGAAGAAAAGAAACCUGUCGCACCAAUAAGGUUACUCCUUAUACUGAUUCGGUGUAUGUAUACUUUUGUUUAUUAUUAUUAUUUUGUUUUAUACUACUGUGCAAUGUUUGGACUCCAAUCUGAAGGUGGUAAAUAAAAAAAAAACUUGUAAAGAUUUAGCAUAAGUAUAAAAUGUUAGAUAUUUUCCUGAAGUGUGCAAUUCAUGUUGCAGAAAUGCAAGAGAGAUAAUUCGAUAACAAAUCUGUAAGAAGCUUAGCUAAGUAAACUUAGUCAUCCUCUUUCUCAUUUCAGAUAAACCACACGCUUGCCUUUUUUGUUCUUUUUAAAAAAUAAAUAAAUAAUGGAACCCUAACCCUUGCCAAACGUUGCCCCCACAUUUUAAGUAGUUAAUGCUCGGCAUUAACUAAUAAGCUAAUUCUUUCCCUUUAAUAUAUUAGACUACAUUACAUUAUAUUAGUCUAGUCUACUGUCAGUUAAUAAUAAUCAGGUUUAGAAAUGGUGUUAAUGAGCUAUUACAUGCUUCUUCUUUUUUUUGUCAAUUUACAUGACAUGAAGUCUCCAUAGGUGUUUUUCAUAAAGUGUCAGUGCAUAUACAUUGCUUUUAAAUCUCUAUUUUGUCAGUAAUCAUUGAGGGAGAAAUUAUAUGUAUUAGACUGGCAGUGAAAAACCUCCAGAAGUAGACUGUGGGUAAAUGUUGCAACUCAGCUGAUGCCGGUUUAAAAGUAGCUAGAAGUACUUUGAUAACAAAUGACUGAAAAUAAUAGUGAGGGCUUAUUUAAUCUUUUAUGUAAGAUGAAGGUGCAAAGUGGUGUUUGUUCCAGAGUGUUCCCCGUUCUGUGUCAUUUGCUUUUUUUAAAAAAAUAAAAAAUUCCUCUAAGUGAAA